ACUAAAAGUUGAGUUAAAAGUGAACAACCCCUUUAAUGGGCACAACUGUGAGUUCAGCAGCUGAAAAACACUGGCAGAGGAUACACCCAGUCUGCCAUAGACCUUAUAGACAGAAAAAGUGUAAAAUGUGGUUUUGGAAAGAUGGAGGCUGUCCUCUUCUAGGAGACAACAGAUUAUUUUGCACAUGCAAUACAUCACUCAAAGAAAUACUAUGUACUGUUACUGUAGUUCAUCCAUUUAUUGGCCAUUCUGAUUUUCAUAAAACCGUAAAACCGCGCUCUACCCAAAUUAUAAAUGAAAUAAUAUACUAUGGGAGUUAUUUACUAAAACUCGAAUUUAUUUCAUCUUUUUAUUAAACAAAGCUCGACCAAACUCCCAUCCACGAUUUUAUCUUAUUUAUCAAUAAAACAACUUCGAAAAGUCUGGUCGUGAAAAGACUCUAGAAUUGUACACAUUUUUCGGAUUUGACGCCUAAAUUGCUCGAUUUUUUUUCAGGUUGUCGUCUGACAAACCUGAAUUUUUCACAUUCUCGGAUGAAAUCGAGAGCAGAUUAUGAAAAAUUGUAAAAGGCACAUCUGCCAUUGACUUCUACAUGACCUUAGCAGAGACCUGCUGUCUGCAAAUUACACUGAGACUUACUACCUGGCGGAUGGGACACCAGUAACAACCAGCCCUAAAAUCCAGUAUCACUGCUAUUAUCAAGGAAAUGUGAAGAAUGAUAAUGGGUCGCUGGCGAGUAUUAGCACAUGCAGUGGGUUAAGUGGGCUCAUCCAAACCGAAGGCCAAAUGUAUCUAAUUGAGCCUCUAAAUGAAACAGACAACGAGGCACAUGCUGUGUAUGAGGCCCAGAUGGAGAUACCCAAAACUUGUGGAGUGGACAAUACAACGUAUAAAGAGGAAAUUGUGGUAAAGAAAUCUCGUUCCAGCACCUCUGCUGAGCAACAGCAAAUUCUGAAGGCUCAGAAGUACAUCCGCUUGUAUGUUGUUGCAGAUAAUUCAAUGUUUGUUAAAUACAACCGCAGUAUCCCUGAAGUGAAGACGAGAAUCUUUGAGAUAAUAAAUUAUGUCAAUGUGGUGUAUAAGGCCAUAAAUACCUUUGUCGCUCUUAUCGGGAUAGAGGUUUGGAAUGUGACUGAUCAGUUUAAAGUGGUGACGUCAGCCGGUCAGAAUCUGGGUGGUUUCUCAGAGUGGAGGAAGAACGUCCUUCUGCGCAGGAAUCCGAACGACAACGCUCAGUUUCUGACAAAUACAGAUUUUGAUGGCCCUACAGUUGGACUUGCAUUUGUGGGCACCAUGUGCAGUGAUACCUAUUCUAUUGGAGUCAUUCAGGAUCACGGCAAAGCUUCCAUUUCCGUCGGUGCCACAGUUGCUCAUGAGAUGGGACACAACUUGGGAAUGAACCAUGAUACCAGCUCUUGUAUUUGCAAUGGCAGUUCCUGCAUUAUGGCUCCAGCCCUCAGUUAUAACACCCCUCGCUUGUUCAGUAGCUGCAGUUUACAAAACUACCAGGAUUUUCUCCUUAGCAAAAUGCCACAGUGUAUUCUGGUUGUGGCGCGGAAAGAAGAUAUUGUAGCACCGGCGGUGUGCGGGAAUAAGUUCACGGAGAUUGGGGAGGAUUGCGACUGCGGCACGGUGGAGGAAUGCACCAAUCUGUGCUGUGACGCCGCCACUUGCAAACUCAAGCCAACUGCAAAGUGCGCCGAGGGUGAAUGCUGUGACAACUGUCAGAUAAAGAAACCUGGAGAUGUGUGCAGAGCCGCCAAGGAUGACUGUGACCUGGCAGAUUUGUGUGACGGGAUGUCCCCUGUGUGUCCCUCCGACCGAUUCCGUGUCAAUGGCUUCCCCUGCAAGAAUGGGCAGGGCUACUGCUUUAAUGGGAUGUGUCCAACCCACCAGAGCCAGUGCACAACACUGUGGGGUGCAAGUUCUGUGGUGAGUGAAGACUCCUGCUUCAACGUGAACACAAGAGGAAUUAACUACGGAUAUUGUACCAAGGCUGGGGCUACCUAUAUUCCCUGCAAAGCCAAGGAUGUAAAAUGCGGCGUGCUGUUCUGCUAUGGAGGCAGCGCCCAACCCAGUGUUUAUGCUUCCAUUGCUGAGUUUUCCAAAUGCAAAGCAGUCCUGGCUUCGGCUGGAAUGGUGCAAAAUGGUACAAAAUGCGGAGAUGGGAUGGUCUGCAACAGUGGAAACUGCACCAGCAUCGAAAGUGCCUACAGGUCAACCAAUUGCUCGGACAAAUGUUCGGGACAUGCUGUUUGUGACCACGAGAUGCAGUGUCAGUGUGAAGAGGGAUGGGCUCCUCCAACCUGUGGUGUCGCCUCACCAACAAAUAUUGUUAUUAUCAUCGUGGUGAUCGUCAUGGCUCUUACCCUUGUCAUCGGAAUUGUGUUUAUGGCAAAAUUCUGCAGUAGCAACGGAAAGAAGAGGAGUUCCAGCAGCUUUCCAGCAACUGUUGAAGGUUCAACAAAUCCAUCAUUCCUUAAUCGUCCACCAGCUCCAAUGCAGCCUUUACCCCAAGUACCUAAAGCAGAGCCGACCACAGACAAGUCUUGGCCAUCCAGCCGAGCUGGUUACCAGGCGCCUCAGUAUUCAGUGACUAAAGCAUCCCCUCAACCUGAACCAAAACUAAAGAAACCAACUGUCCCUCCACCCCCUGUACCUUCUGCUAAACCAGCUCUUCCUCCUGCUCCACCAAAGGCACUGAAGCCGCCUGUGAGGCAUUAAGGUGAAUAAUGGCGCAGAAGAGAUUGUGGCUAUUACCCCUGCGUGACUGCUGCUCAGCAAUGUAUUGGGCCCAUGAAGAGUCAGCUUUCCCCUCUCUAAAGUCAAAAGUCUACUUUGGGGUCCUGGUACUGUGGUGUGAGCCUGACAUUGAGAAGAGAGUUUGUUCUUUUCUGCUGUUCAGAGGCUUUUACUAUUUGGUGUUGGGUAAGAAUCUUUCCACCUAAGACGCUCAGAGCUUGACUGAUCUGUACUUUAUGUACGUCAUUGUUGGGUGCAGUGAUGCUGCUGUGGCCUCCUCCUCCUACGUGGCUGGAUGGGGGGCAAUAGCCCCCUUUUAUCUUAAAUUGUUUUACUCCUAUGUAUAUAUUUUAAUUGAUCAUUGUAUGAUAUACUGAUUUUUUUAUUUUAAAAUUUUAAUAAAUUUACUUUACACAACUGAAUAAAUACACUUAGGGUAGUGGCGUGUUUUGACCGCA